GAGGGAAGAUGAGCGAGAAAAACCAUCCAAGAGGCAGCGGGUACAAAGGACUGAGAAAAGUCUUUCCUCAAAAGAAGCAGACCAGGCCUCAGGAGCUAAGAAUCCUAUUAUAAGUGUGGUUUUGACAGCCCACGAAGCAAUUCCAGGUGCCACAAAGAUAGUUCCUGUGGAAGCAGCUUCUCCCAAAGAUGAUCAGCCCAUCAACUCAGAAACCUCUGCAUCAGACACCUCUCAGCGAAGAGGUUAUCAGGAAUAUGCCAUUCAGCAAACGCCUUAUGAGCAGCCAAUGAAAUCAAGCAGGUUGGGAGCCACCCAGUUAAAAAUUUUCACCUGCGAGUAUUGCAACAAGGUGUUCAAAUUUAAGCACUCCCUUCAGGCCCACCUGAGGAUCCACACCAACGAGAAGCCCUACAAGUGCUCCUUCUGCAACUACGCCAGCGCCAUAAAAGCCAACCUGAACGUUCACCUGCGGAAGCACACCGGAGAGAAAUUCUCCUGCGAUUACUGCCCCUUCACCUGCCUGAGCAAAGGCCACCUCAAAGUCCACGUGGAGAGGGUCCACAAGAAGAUCAAGCAGCACUGCCGCUUCUGCAAGAAAAAAUACUCCGAUGUCAAAAACCUGAUCAAGCACAUCAAGGAGGCCCAUGACCUGCAGGACAAAAAGGUGAAGAAUGUCUUUGACGAGCUCUGCUUGAUGACUCGAGAAGGCAAGAGGCAGCUUUUGUACGACUGUCAAAUCUGCGAACGCAAGUUCAAGAACGAAUUGGAUCGUGACAGGCAUAUGCUCGUCCACGGGGAUGAGAGGCCUUUUGCUUGCGAGCUCUGUGGCCAUGGAGCCACCAAGUACCAAGCUCUGGAGCUUCAUGUCCGCAAGCACCCCUUUGUGUACAUUUGCAGUGAGUGCUCAAAGAAAUUUGUCAGCUCCAUCAGGCUCCGCUCGCAUAUCAAAGAUGCCCAUGGCGAAUUGUUGGAGACUUCUGUUUUUGAUCAUUCCAUCAGUCAGAGCUUUUGUUUGCUGGAACCUGGAGGAGAUAUCCAACAGGAAGCCCUGGGAGAGGAAUUAUCCCAGACUGCUGCUGAGCUGUCCCUCUUAAACUCCAAGGCACUCUGCAUAGUAAAGUCUGUUUCCGCUGGAGAAGUAAACGCCAUCGAGGGAGACCACGAAAAUAACCCUGCUGAGAGCUUGGGAACAUCUCCUGCUCUCCUUUUGGAUUUUGAAAGUCCACCAGCAGCAAACACACCGGAUCCAAUUUGUGAGCCACUAAUAGAAUUGCUGUCCUUGCGUGCUAGCUUGGUCAAUGCUUCAGAUAGCUUUUUACAGAAAAACGCUUCGCCCGAUUCAGACGGAGAAAAGGCCCCAUCGUCGAAAGACCAGCUGCCACUCAACUCUUCAGUGAGCGUCCAGUGUGAAGUUGAACAGCUUUUGGGAGAUGAAAACUCCAGUCUAAACCAGAAAUGCCAAGGUCCAGAGAGCGUUCCUGAUCCCGAAGAAGAGAGUCAGACCAUUUCUCUUAAUCACCAGGUAGUCAACAACUCAACACUUGAAAAGACAGAGUCCUGCGGUUCCCUUCCCCUUCUAGAAUCCAGCAUAGAACCUCAUCAGAAUUCAGAGUCCUGUCCCCAGCCUUCCGAGGAUCGAACUGGAGCUGCCGCCUUUAUGCAGAUUUUGGACAACUUGCAAAAACAACAGAUGAGUACAGCCUUGUGUGAGAAGAUCAGGAAGGUCUACGGAGACUUGGAAUGCGAAUACUGCGGUAAGUUGUUUUGGUACCAGGUGCAUUACGACAUGCACGUCCGGACACACACACGAGAGCAUCUCCAUUACUGCUCGCAGUGCAACUAUUCCUCCAUCACCAAAAACUGCCUUAAGCGCCACGUCAUCCAGAAGCAUAGCAACAUUUUGCUAAAGUGUCCAACCGAAGACUGCGAUUAUUCUACCCCGGAUAAGUACAAACUCCAGGCCCAUCUCAAAGUGCACUCAGAAUUGGACAAAAAGAGUUAUUCCUGCCCUGUGUGUGAGAAAUCAUUUUCUGAAGACCGACUUAUAAAAGCUCAUAUAAAGACAAACCAUCCAGGCAUCAAGCCAUUCAAAUGUUCUCUGUGCGAAUACGCCACUCGCAGCAAAAGCAACCUCAAAGCUCACAUGAACCGCCACAGCACUGAGAAGACACACCUGUGCGACAGGUGCGGGAAGAAGUUCAAGUCAAAAGGCACCUUGAAAAGCCAUAAGCUCCUUCACACUGCUGAUGGAAAACAGUUCAAGUGCACGGUGUGUGAUUAUACCGCUGCCCAAAAGCCACAGCUUCUAAGGCACAUGGAACAACACGCUUCGUUCAAACCUUUUCGUUGUGCUCACUGCCAUUAUUCCUGCAACAUAUCCGGUUCCCUCAAAAGACACUAUAACCGGAAACAUCCCAGUGAAGAGUACGUUAAUGCAGGCUCUGGUGAAUUUGCAGCUGAAGCCCUUCUCCAGCAAGGUGGAAUCAAGUGUCCUGUGUGCAACUUUGUGUAUGGCACAAAAUGGGAAUUCAACAGACACCUCAAAAACAAACACGGACUUAAAAUAAUGGAGCAGGAUGCGGAAGGCAAGUGGGAGCAAACUGCAGAAGUUUCUGAAGAAUCCUCUACACAAUAUCUUCAUAUCACCGAAGCUGGAGAUCUGCAAGGCACUGAAGCUGCUGUUGCCGCUCUGCAGGACCUAAGAUAUACCUCAGAGAAUGGAGGAAGGCUCGAUGCCACAGCUGUCAACAUCCUUCAGCAAAUCAUAGAGCUGGGAUCAGAGCCCCAUGACGGCGCUGCUCUAGCUUCUGUGGUUGCCAUGGCCCCAGGAACCGUCACUCUGGUGAAACAGGUGACCGAAGAGGAAGAGACAGCUAAUCACACCGUGAUGAUUCAGGAAACUUUGCAACCAGCUUCGAUGGAGUUGGCUGAGCAGCAUCAUUUGGUGGUCUCCUCAGAUGAUGUGGAAGGCAUUGGGACAGUGACCGUUUAUACUCAGGGCGGAGAAGCCUCAGAACUGAUUGUUUAUGUGCAAGAAGCCAUGCAGCCGAUGGAAGAGCAGGAGCAAUCUGGUCAGGACAUCUAAAUCAGGUCCUCCGGGCAGGAACCCAAGAGAUCGCCACCUCUUAUUACGCCGAUGCCGAUACACAUUCUUCAGGGAUGAAAUAAACCUCCUGAACAACAUCAGUGUGAGGAGUCUGGCACCCAAGAAACCAGGAGGAGCGAUCCCUCGCAAAGUGCCACGGGGCUCCGGGUGUGUUGUAUGCACUUUAAGAAAAAAUGGUAGAGUUUAAAAGACUCUUUUAAUCACAGUUUGAAAAGCUUAUCGAGAAGGCCAAAAAAGGACAAUUGGGCAAAACAGAAGGCCCAGGCAGUGAAGCUGCUUCUAAGGAUCACGCUCCAUAGCUUAUUUCUUCCCGUCAUCAUCUCCCAACUUGCUACUAGAAAGAACUCUCCCUUUUAACCUUCUGAAGGAGCUUUGCUUUGUGAGUUUUGAAAAAAAACCCAGAA